AUUCACUGUUUCAGAGCUCCCACCAAAUAAUCACCCUCGCAUUGCGCGUGCUCUUCACUCGCUAAUUUAAUUUGCACAAUUUUUUUUUGCAUUUUUUUUUUUUGGUUUGAGGUUUUUUGAUAUUGGAACUUGGAUCUCCAUUGUCUCCGAACUCUGGAACCAAAACCUGCAUUCCGCUUCUGAUACGACGCCGUAUUCACAGCCCCAAACAAUUCUCCGUCAAAGGGCUUCACAAAUUUAGCAUUCUGGGACCGCCCAUCUGGUUUAAUUCACAACCUAUUUGAAAGGUUUUGCGGGAGCCAUGGCACUUCGAAAAUUUGUUCCUUCAGGUGAAGCGCCAUCUGUCAGCGUGAAGCCUUUGAAUUUCUCCAGGGCAAUGGAUGAGGAUACUCGUUUUGUGGAUUCAGAGACGAGUCUUGCUGUGGAACCUGAUGUGGAUAUCGACCUCAGAGAAGUUUACUUUCUUAUCAUGCAUUUCCUUUCAGCUGGGCCCUGUCGUAGAACUUAUGGGCAGUUUUGGAAUGAGCUUCUCGAACAUCAACUUUUACCCAGAAGAUAUCAUGCGUGGUAUUCAAGGAACGGGUUACAUAGUGGGGAUGAGAAUGACGAUGGCAAGUCAUUUCCUUUGAGUUACAAUAUGUUGGUGGAGAGGUAUUCACAUGUCGAAAAGGAUCACCUGGUAAAGCUUCUAAAGCAGUUGAUUAUAAGUACAGCUCCUCCUUCACGGGGUAUAAGUGGUGGGAAUGCUCCAAACGCUGCUGAUGUACCUACUCUUAUGGGAACUGGUUCAUUUUCACUCCUUCGCUUAGAUGAUAGGGAUAAAGUAGACAAUGACAUAAGGCAACCCCCUGCUUAUAUGCGUUGGCCUCACAUGAAAGCUGAUCAGGUUCGUGGAUUAAGUUUGAGGGAGAUUGGCGGAGGUUUUGCUAGGCACCAUCGGGCGCCAUCUAUUCGUGCGGCAUGUUAUGCAAUUGCAAAACCAUCAACAAUGGUUCAGAAGAUGCAAAAUAUCAAGAGGCUAAGGGGACAUCGGAAUGCUGUCUAUUGUGCUAUAUAUGACCGCACAGGGAGAUAUGUUAUUACUGGUUCAGAUGAUCGCCUUGUGAAGAUCUGGUCAAUGGAUACAGCAUAUUGCUUGGCGAGCUGCCGUGGUCAUGAAGGUGACAUCACUGACCUGGCAGUGAGUUCCAACAAUGCUGUGGUGGCAUCCUCGUCAAACGACUGUAUAAUUAGAGUUUGGCGUUUGCCCGAUGGCCAGCCAAUUUCAGUAUUGAGGGGACAUACUGGAGCUGUUACUGCCAUUGCUUUUAGUCCCAGACCUGGUUUUGUGUACCAACUUCUGUCUUCAUCUGAUGAUGGGACGUGUAGAAUUUGGGAUGCUAGAAACUCUCAGCUAAGACCACGGCUGUAUGUUCCAAGGCCUUCAGAUAAUGUGGCUGGAAGAAACAACGGGCCUUCCUCAAGUGUUGUUGCACAAAACCAUCAAAUUUUUUGUUGUGCGUUUAAUUCUAGUGGAACAGUUUUUGUCACUGGUAGCUCAGACACACUUGCAAGGGUGUGGAGUGCUUUAAAAUCAAGUCCUGAUGAUUCAGACCAACCAAAUCAUGAGAUAGAUGUGCUAUCUGGGCAUGAGAACGAUGUCAACUAUGUACAAUUUAGUGGCCAUGCUGUAACAUCUAGAUUUAUGACAGCUGACGCCUUGAAGGAGGAAAAUAUUCCAAAAUUUAAGAAUUCCUGGUUCACUCAUGACAACAUAGUUACUUGUUCUCGCGAUGGCAGUGCAAUUAUUUGGAUACCAAGAUCACGCAGAUCGCAUGUGAAAGCUUGCCGCUGGACACGGGCAUAUCAUCUCAAAGUUCCACCACCACCAAUGCCCCCUCAACCUCCACGAGGAGGCCCUCGUCAAAGAAUUCUUCCUACUCCUCGGGGUGUUAAUAUGAUUAUUUGGAGCCUUGACAAUCGUUUUGUUCUUGCAGCCCUUAUGGAUAACAGAAUAUGCGUAUGGAAUGCAUCCGAUGGUAGCUUAGUACAUUCUUUAACUGGUCAUAGUGAUUCUACGUAUGUUCUGGAUGUUCACCCUUUUAAUCCCCGGAUAGCUAUGAGUGCUGGCUAUGACGGAAGAACCAUUGUGUGGGAUAUAUGGGAAGGGAAACCAAUAAGGAUCUAUGAAAUGUCGCGCUUCGAACUUGUUGAUGGGAAAUUUUCACCGGAUGGGACGUCAAUUAUACUGUCUGAUGAUGUUGGGCAGCUCUAUGUAUUGAACACAGGACAAGGGGAAUCCCAAAAGGAUGCAAAAUAUGAUCAGUUUUUCCUUGGUGAUUACCGGCCCCUUAUUCAAGAUACCUACGGGAAUGUACUUGAUCAGGAAACUCAGAUCACUACAUUUCGACGGAAUAUGCAAGAUCUUCUAUGUGACUCAGCCAUGAUACCAUAUCCAGAACCCUACCAGAGUGCAUACCAGCAGAGGCGGUUAGGGGCUCUGGGUUUUGAAUGGAAACCCACUUCUCUUAAACUUGCUACUGGACCUGACUUUACUCUAGAUCUGGAAUUCCAAAUGCUGCCCUUGGCAGACCUGGACAUAUUGGCUGAAUCGCUCCCGGAGUUUCUUGAUGUAAUGGAUUGGGAACCAGAAAUUGAAAUGCAAAGUGAUGAUAAUGAUUCAGAGUACAACAUUCCUGAAGGUUAUUCGAUGGGGGGCGGGCAAGGAACUAUAAGUUCCGAUUCCUCUGCUGACUCUGAGUGCAGUACAGGAGAUGGGGAGGGUGAGGACACUCAAUCGGAUCAACUCCGCAGGUCGAAAAGGAAAAAGCAAAAGGCUGAAACUGAGAUCAUGACAUCUUCUGGAAGACGUGUGAAAAGGAGAAAUUUUGAUGAGGGUGAUGGAAACCCGCUAAGGAACCAUAGAACUAGGAAACCAAAAAGUGGCCAAAAAGCUUCAAGAAAAAAAUCAUCAUCCUCAAAAUCAUUGAGGCCUCAAAGGGCUGCGGCUCGCAACGCACUUACUCUGUUUUCUAAAAUUACAGGGACGUCUACUGAUGGAGAAGAUGAAGAGGGGUUGGAAGCUGAUACAUCAGAAAGUGAAUCCACGCUUCAAGACUCAAACAUUGAGAGUGAUGGAUCUGAAAAAUAUCUGCAAAAUGAGCAAAAGAAACACAUAAAAGGAAAAGAGAUUUCAGUGGAUGAGUCUGAGGAAUUCGUCAACCAUCCGAAAGUUCCUGAAUCUCAUAUGAGUGCUGGAAAUAGGACAAGAUUGGUCCUCAGAUUACCAGUGCGAGAGUCAAAUAAACUUGUGGUCAGACAGAGCAUAGUGUCUAAUGACCAGACUGAUUUGGUGGGUCCAUCCUCAAUGUUUCCUAUAGAAGCAAUUGAUAGAAAUGGGAAUAGUGUAAAGUUCCAAGAUCCCCGGGAGUGUCCUGACGAUGAUGCAAAGCGCAACACAAUUGGAAGACAAGAGGAAGCAGAUCUAGAUAAAGUUGAUCGUUUAAGCUUUUCAGAAGGUUAUAAAAAUGUGAAAAUCAGAUGGGGUGGCUUCAAAGCUCGUUCAUCCAGGCGUCUCAGGCUUGAUGAAGCUACACCAUCAAAUGCAUUAUUUAGGACGAACUUGUGUCUCGAAGGUUGUCGUGAAAAAGACAAUGACUUCGGUGGAUAUGUGAAAACUGAGAGUAAUGCUGCCACUGAUGUACAAAUACAAAAACAUGAGGUCGGCGCGGAUGGAGUGGUGUUAACAGAUGGGAGAACUAUGGGGGAUAAUGCCUGUAGUAUGGCCAAUGGUAUAGAGCAUUCAAGUUCUACUGAAUGUAGGAAUGAUGAUAAAACGCCAAAAUCCCAUGACAUGGCUACGGGCAAUGCAACUGCCUCUUCAGUCGAUGAUGAGAACAAGGUUAGUGUUCAACUUGAACGAACUGAUGACCCCCGAAUAAGUUCUACAAAGUUGAGGCUGAAGAUGACUUCUAGAGAUCCUGAAAGUCGUUGCGAACAGGAGGAGAAAUCAUUUGCUGGAAACUUGGAGAAUGGCAAUUGUCAGUCCUUACAUGACAAUCCUUUGGACAUGGAACAAGACUUGGUUGUGCCUGUGGAUGAUAUGGCCAAUGGAAUAAGUUCAGAUCACGUUGAUGGUGGUCCACGGGAAUCUGACACUCAACGUGAUAAGAAUGCCGAGUUCAGUGUAAAGGACUUGAUGGAGUCUCAUUUACGUAGAGAUAAAAUGUUUACGGCUGUUUAUAGAAGGACUAAAUCCCAUAAGGGGAAAACUGCCGUGGAAGGUAAUGGUGAUGGGAGAGGAAGCACUUCAAAUAUAAGCAACAAUCUGAGUGUUGGAGACGACUCAAUUGAUCAAUCCAUUGGAUUGAAGGCCUCUACAUGUAGUCCAAAUGUUGCGGCUGACGAAGUUAAGCUGGAUCAAGGACUUGAAUCAGGGUACAAACUCAGAAAUACCCAGAAUGGUUCCAGGAGCAGAAAUCAAGUGGUACGUGAAGAAUGGGGAUUAAGUUCUGGGAUGACAGUUGGAUUGAGGUCCACUAGAAAUAGGAGAGGCAGUUAUCAUGUUCAAGAGACGAGUCCAAUAGAUGUAAGGAAGUCAAAUAAAUCAUCAAGAAAGGGUACGUGGUUAAUGCGAACUACACCUGAGGAAGGCUCCCGAUACAUUCCCCAGCUAGGGGAUGAAGUAGUGUAUUUGAGACAGGGGCAUCAGGAGUAUCUAGAACAUAAUCGGUCGAGAGAACACCCUCCUUGGACAUCAAUAAAAGAAGAGAUAAGAGACGUGGAAUUUUGCAAAGUUCAAAAGCUCGACUAUUCUUCACUACCGGGAUCUGGGGAGAGCUGCUGUAAAAUGACACUUGAAUUCGUAGAUCCUGCUUCCAGCGUGUAUGGUAGAUCCUUUAGGAUGACUUUACCCGAAAUGACCGAUUUCCCCGACUUCCUUGUCGAAAGAGCUCGCUAUGAUGCUGCUAUACAGAGAAAUUGGACACGCAGGGAUAAAUGUCAAGUCUGGUGGAAAGAUGAGGGUGAAGAAGAUGGUAGUUGGUGGCUUUGUAGGAUUCUUACCGUUAAGGCGAAAUCUGAAGAAUUUCCAGAUAGUCCAUGGGAGACUUGUACUGUUAAGUACAAGGAUGACACUACAGAAGCACAUUUACAUAGCCCCUGGGAGCUUUUUGAUAUCGAUGGUCUAUGGAAGCAUCCUCAUAUCGAUGUCAAUAGCAAAGAAAACCUCAAGGACGCCUUUGCCAAACUAGAAAAGUCAAGCAAACCUCCACAGGAUCGGUAUGGAAUCAAUCAUCUGAGGCAGCUUUCACAGAGGACAACUUUUUUAAAUAGGUUUCCGGUGCCAAUAUCUUUUGAAGUGAUCAAAUGUAGGUUGGAAAACAACUAUUAUCGAAGUCUGGAGGCGGUGAGGCAUGAUUUCGAGAUCAUGCUGUCGAAUGCUGAGCAAUACUUGGGAAACAAGCCGGAGUUUUUGGUGAAGUUAAAACGCCUAUCGGACUGGUUGACGAGGACGUUUUCAUCUUUGUAGAAACACAAUUUGACAAGUUUUGUAGGAAGAUUAAUCAUUAGUGAGGAGGUUGGUGCGGCCUGCGGGGGUUUGCUCCCCCUUCUUGGUGUAGAUAUCUUGAUUCCUUCAACGUGUUUUCCUUCUUACCCGUUAGAUCCAAUUUUUGAAAUUGUUUAAUCUCUUGGGUAUUCUUUCUAGAGGGGAAAUAAAGAGCAAAGGAAAUUAGAUUAGCUCUGGUUGGAUGUGCAGAUUUUCUACCGGAGGAUUCGUUCUUGUAUAGACACUUGAUAACACCAUUAAUAACAAGAGAA